UCAUUAGUAAAGGCACGGACGUGAACCGGAUAACACGAGUUCAAUUAAAUACUUGCCGUUAAAUCCGACUCGACUCAGACUCCGGAAUCGGAUGUCACCGGCAACUUGACCUCUCCUGUUGUGAGAAGUUGGAGUCGCUGUGUACUGUAAACACUGGAAACAAAGCGUGUCAAAAACGGCAGGCUUUAUCGACGAAGCAACUUCAUUUAAGGCUCCGAAUAAUUGUUGUAAUCGUCGGGAGAAGAAGAGAUGGCGAUAGCUGACCAGAAGUCACCGUCCGAUGGUAAAAUCUGGGGCUUCUUUAAGCUGCCGUUUCGAGGAAACAGUACAAACACGACGUCGUCUUCUUCCUCUUCGAUGCAUCAUCAGCAUAAUCAGAGUAACUCACUAGUUGAAGGAUCGAAUGGUCAUGGCUCUAGCUCGGUGUCUUCAGUCGCGAGAUCAAUUUUGCCUACCAGACGUCGGCUUAAGCUUGAUCCGACCAAUAAACUCUACUUUCCAUACGAACCUGGCAAGCAGGCCAGGAGUGCCAUCAGGAUAAAGAACACAAGCAAGUCCCAUACAGCUUUCAAGUUCCAAACAACUCAACCAAAAAGCUGUUUCAUGCGUCCUCCAGGGGCUAUUCUUGCUCCCGGUGAGAGUAUCGUUGCAACUGUUUUCAAGUUUGUUGAGCAUCCAGAAAACAAUGAGAAACCAAUGGAUCAGAAGAGCAGGGUCAAGUUUAAAAUCAUGAGUCUAAAGGUGAAAGGACCAAUGGAUUAUGUACCUGAGCUGUUUGAUGAGCAGAAGGAUAACGUUUCAAUUGAGCAAAUACUGCGGGUCGUGUUUCUCGACUCAGAGCGUCCAAGUCCUGCUCUGGAAAAGUUGAAGCGCCAACUUGCUGAGGCUGAUGCUGCAGUUGAGGAACGCAAGAAACCUCCAGAAGAUACCGGUCCAAAGAUUAUCGGGGAAGGACUUGUUAUAGAUGAAUGGAAAGAGCGAAGGGAAAGAUAUCUUGCUCGACAACAGGUUGAAGGAGUUGACUCUGUCUAAAGAGGAUGUGUUUUCUCGAGACUGCCCAUUUGUAAUUGAAAUUUACAUACCAUUGAGUGAGGCCUUCUAGUCUAUAGAUAUUAUGUGAAGGAUGCUGUAUUCAGUGAAUCAACGUUCUGUCGCUUCUGUAUAAAAUCGGUGAAAUAUGAGACCACCUGGUUGUAAAAUAUGUAAUUUUGUUCCUCCUCUUCCUUCAAGAGAAAGGGGAAGGAAAAAAAACCCUUCUGGCUCUGGAUGUUUAUGUGGUAAUUGACCAGUUAAGUCUUAUGGGAUGUCCCUAUUGGAUCGACUUGCAUUGAAAUAU